AUGGAACUUGAACCCAGUAAUCAACCCAAGCAAGAGCGUUCGAGGACAAGAUGGACAGCAUCUCUUGACAAGAUAUUUGCAGACUUGGUUGUCAAGCAGAUUCAACUCGGGAACAGACAAAACGAUGUUUUUGACAAGAAAACGUGGAAUCACAUUCGUGAUGAGUUUAAUAAGCAAACAGACCUUAAUUUCAAUAAUAAUCAAUUGAGAAAACAUCUAGAUGUUCUUCGGACACGCUUCAAUAAUUUGAAACCUACCAGUGAUCAAAAGAAUGGCUUUGUAAUAGAUGAUCCCCUUUACAUUGGCUUUGAUCAGUGGGAAGAUAUUGGGACACAGCCGAGGAAUGAAACAGUUAAAGGAAAAGAAUGUCCGAUAUAUGAGCAGCUCUGUUCAAUAUUCACAGACUCGCCCGCGGAUGGGAAAUACGCUCAAUCUAGUCAUUAUGAAGAGUUAGAUAAAACCGUCGCUAUCGAUGCUGCUGGCUUGACUUCAUGUCCAGAAAAUGGUGUCUCACAUUAUAAGAAUCCAUCAUCGUCAAAAUCCAUUCCAGGGAAUAUCUCAAAUGUUGAGAAAGUGACAAAGAAUUCACUUGAUAGGAAAAGAAAACGUCCUAAUGAGACACAAACUACUAGUUUGGAUCAAGACGCAUGCAAUGCUAUGGCAGAUGCCUUGUUACAGAUGGUCUCGGUUUCGAGGUUAAGGGCGGUUGUUUCAAGUGCAAUUGAUGAUAAAUUUUCCAUAACAAAUUGCAUAAGGGCUCUGGAUGAAAUACAAGGCAUUGAUCAACAUCUUUACUUUUCUGCAUUGGAUCUCUUUGAGGAUCCUAGUUUAAGAGAGACAUUCAUUUCAUUGAAAAGUGUCAAGAUACAGUUGGCAUGGUUACAAGGAAAAUGCAGUAAAAGUUCCUUCCGUUAA